AUGGCUUCUAGAUCCCCGACAGCAGCUACUCCGCUGCCGAAGUCGUCCGUCGCGCCCGAGAGUCCCUCCAAAGACGCGACCGAACCUCCCCAAACCGUGCCUUUCCCAUCACCACAGACCUUUGAGAUUAUUCCACCUCUUCAUGGUAUUUUGCUUCGCUUGUUAUCUCAAAAGGGUCCCUCGGAUGGGAGUGGUGGUGCCCCCGGAGAAGCUCCAGGCGGCCUAGGAGCUUCUGAAGCACAUCAACAGGACCAACAAGCACCGUCCAGUGGCAACAAUGGCACAUCCCAAGCUGUUCAAGAAGUUCCAACCCUCGACCCAAAUGCUCACCCGCCGCUUGAUGUGAAAGAUCUUCCUACACAAACCAGCUCCGUGAAGAUUCGGAUUCAAAAGGCACGGGCGGUAGUGGAGGGACUUCCAGACGUCCAGCGGUCUGUCGAAGACCAGCAGAGAGAGAUUGUAGAGCUUGAGGACCGUGUGGCUCGUCUCCGAUCUGUCAUUACAGACUUUGGAAGCCGUGCAGCAAAGACAUAG